AUGGCUGACGAACCGGCUCAGAUUGAACCAGCGCUCCAAGUCCAGGAACCUGUUGAGACUCCAGACGAUGGAUAUUCAGAUGCAGGGAGUUUGCAUCAAUCAACAUCGUCUCUAAGUUCUAGCAUUCGGGAGUACCGCACUAUUCGCGGAAGAACAUUCCAGACUUCCAACACCAUUGAUUAUUGGGCGCCAAAUGACGAGCAGCAAAUCGAGGGCUUUGACAUUACACAUCAUUUCAUGAUGUUGCUUAUGGACAAUCAUCUAUUUGGCGCUCCUAUCCAAGGCAGAAGCCUGAAAGUUCUAGACGUUGGGACUGGAACAGGAAUCUGGGCUAUUGACGUUGCAGAGGAGAAUGAGGACUUUGACGUCAUCGGAAUCGAUAUAUCGCCAAUCCAACCAGGCUGGGUUCCGCCAAACUGUCAAUUCUUCAUUGAUGAUGCUCAGCUUGAUUGGACCUUUAGGCCUGAUGAGUUCGACUUCGUUCAUGCCCGAGGUCUCUUUGGUGGCAUCGAUAACUGGCAAAAGCUCUACGACCAGGCUUUCCGGCAUCUGAAGCCUGGCGGUUGGUUUGAGAGCGUCGAGGCGGACAGCCAAGUCCGCUCGCAGAACGAAGAGAUCGAAAAAGAUCCCAAGCACGUCUUCAAACAAUGGGCCCCGCUAUUCUGGCAAGCUGGUGAUAUUAUUGGUAAGACUUUUCGUGUCGCCCAAGAUGAUGGUCAGAACCCGAUCAUCAUGGAAACUUGUAUGAGAAGAGCAGGCUUUGUCGAUAUCGUGCACAAGAAGUGGAGGGUUCCUGUCGGACCAUGGGCCAGCGAUCCCUACUGGAAGGAGGUCGGAGAAUAUGCAGGUCUGUAUGUCGACCAGGGACUCGAAGGAUGGGCCCUCAGGCCGCUCAGUGAGAUUCUGGGAUGGACUUACGAGGAGCUCCUUGUCUUCAUUGCUGGAAUGCGCAAAGAAUUGCGAAACAAAAGUGCAAUGCCGUACUUCAACUAG